AUGGUCGCGUACAAAAGUGUCCCUCUGUUCGGCGGCGCAAUCGUCAGCGACCUGCCCGACCACUUCGCAGACGUGAGCAAACUCCGAGAAGUCCCGGACAACCAAGAGGUCUGGAUCGACAAGGACGGCUUCACCAGCAUCAUCUUCGACAUCACCGAGCGCGUGGGCGGGCCUGGAACCGGACCCGAGAUCGACGGCCGAGCCUUGACGACGCACCUCGAGGAGCUCGUCGGCGGCGACAUCGAUACCACCAAGGUCUGGAACACGGCCGAAACCGAGUUCACCAAACUGGAUGGCAAGUAUCCCGCCUAUACCCUCUUCGCAACCCAGUCGCCCAAGGUCGGCAAGUCCCAGGAUAACUCAUCCCCCGACUUCACCGCGAUCUUCACGACCCUCAUCCGUCUCGAGAAACUGAAUACGGACAUCCUCAUCACGGUCAACGUGCCCCAUAUCCAGGGCGAAUACGACGAGGAGGACAUCGACCUCGAGCUGGGUAAGCAGGGUAAGCUCAUCGGAGAUGCUGUUGAGUACUCGGCGCGUAUUUGGGACAGCUUCAAGAUCAAGGACUGGGACCUUUUUGGACACGUAUAG